AUGAAUGUCAAGAAGGUAACAGAUUCAUUGGAUUUUUGCAGUACUGAGUGCAUAGGAGGAGGAGAUUUACUUGGUGAAUUUUCAUGGCCACCAAGAUUUUAUACUUGCAACUUUUGCAAGAGAGAGUUCAAAUCUGCUCAAGCUCUUGGUGAUCAUAUGAAAGUUCAUAGGAGAGAAAGAGCCAGAAUGAGAGAGUCUCCACCAAGCGAUAACGGUCAGUAUUCACUUCUAAACCUUAAUCUUGAACCAAACCCUAAUCAAAAUAUGAACCCUAACCCUAGCAUUUCAUCCUCAUCUACAUUGGCAAAAUUUCCACCUUUUAAUUCCACAUUACCUCAAAUAUUUCCUCCCUCUCUUUCCUCUAUGCCUUCUUGUUUUUCUGCCACUUUCACUGAAAAGAGACGGCGUAAAGGUGCUGUUCCAAUAAAUCAUUCGAGGCCGUUAACAAAAAAAUUGGUGAAGGUGAAAACCUCAAAAUCACUUUCCAGGGUCAAAAAUCUAGAGCAAGAAAAAAACUGUGAAAUUUUCAAGAAAUCAGAAAUUUGCCCAAUUCGUGAACCAAAGGAAGACUUGGAUUUGGAACUUCGGCUUGGUUACCUUUAG